GGUUGUGUUAUUCGGCGGAACGUGUGAGCCAUAAUUUCCGAUGAAUCUAGACGAAACAUAAAAAACCAUUGUGUGCGAAUCAAAAUAUCGAACGUUAGCGUUUUGGAUAUCAUAUGAUAGAGCGAAAAGAGCAAAUAAAAAGUUAUAGAUUGGACGAGGGGGAAGAGCUGAGUGCUGACAAUUGUCGACAUUUACCUCUGCCCUCGGCCUCAAGACUAACUGCGUCCCGUCCUAAGCAUCCCUUGUUGUCUCGUCCUCCUUCGAUAAUCGCAUCAGUUCAUGCAGUGCAGGUCGAACAAUAGGCAGCGGUGCCGUUAGCAAGGGAUCUCGGCAGAUUCGCGAGUUUUGCAAGGCUACGCAGUGCACACCAAGGAUCACCCAUCGGGCCAAUCAGCUGGUCAGUUUCGCCACUUUUCAUCGGGUGCCCAUCACAUUUGGCAAUGACUAAUCGGACCUGCCGGCGCCGGAAGCUCUCGCAGUUGCGGCCGCGCGCGUCCCAUUACUGCUGCGCCGGCGAUGGGCCCACACCGGUCACAUCCGGUUCCGGCGGCGGCUGACACAAUCUCCUCCCACGGCGGCGGGCGGUCGCAGCCUCUCCCGGACCCAGCCGAGCCGCCAGAGAAUGAAAGUGGGCCCGCGGCCGGUGACUCAGGGCCGGCCCGUGCCGAGGUGACGCGCGCCGCGCGACUCGGGUCAGUGCGUUCCCGAGAGCAGGGCCGCGUGGUCAGUGAGGCGGAGAGCGCCGUCAUGAGGUCGCGCCGGUGGCUCGUCGUUGUGCUGCUGGCGGCAGCGCUGUGCAGCCCCGUCUGGUCAGCGCCGGCGGUGGCGGCUGAGGGGUUAGAGACAGUGGUGGCUGAGAAGCUAGAAAGAGUGGCCGCAGCGUCAGAGGACAAUCGGGAAACGACCGCGCCCGAAAGUGAGAGCAGUGCGGAAAAGGAGAAAGUGGAGUCGACAUCAGUGACGCCGUCUGAAGGUCAGAAUACAGACAAACGUGUAGCUACAACACCCGAACUAAAUCAGAUUCCGAACGAGCCGGUCAAAGCUGCUGAGGACAGACCCUCCCUGCCGUCCAAGCCGCCUUCGGGAUUCUCAUCAGCGGAAGGUGAAGCUGACUCUGGACUCCCUGAAGCUACAGAGGACCGAGCGGACACUGGCCUCCUUGUGGCGGCAAGUGGAGCUGACACGGACCUCCCUGCGGCGGUAGAGGACCGGGCGGAGACCGUGUCGCCGGCCGGAGGUAGCGAGGACGUCCCAGCUGAUGCCGACCCGGCCGCCGGCUCCUCCCGACAGGGCCGUCUGCUGGGGUUCGACACGUCUCGACUGUUCGCCGUGCCCGCGUGGCUGCAGGGACUGGUCGGAGGGGACGAGGGUGACAGCUCUAAUGACGACCCCCGACGGUCACAGCGGAGGCGGACCCCCCUCCGUCGCCAGGGGCUGCCUCACCCACAGGGGCCAUUCCGGCGCCAAGGGCCGGCCCGGCGGCGGCCCCCGCCGCCGCUGAGGACGGCAGCGGCUGGUGGCCCGACCAGGCGUGGGCCGGACCCGCCCGGUGUCAUUUACGGGCCCCAGGCGCCGCGACCACACCUGGUCGGUCCGCACGUACCGCCGCCGGUCCGGCACAGUCCGCGGCCGGCGGCGCCACAGGAGGUGCACCAUGUGCACCACCACACGCACGUGCACGUGCCGCGCCCACAGCAUGGCGUGCUCGCUGUCGUGCCGGGUGGCGGUCCAGUCCCGGCUCCGACGCCCGGUCACAGCCGGCCGGUGGUCGGGCCCGUCGGUGUACCCAGGCAGCCGGCGGUCCGCCCCGAGGGUGCCACUGCCGACUCCCCUGCCGGCGGCGUGCCGUGGCGCUGGGGCGGCGAUCACCCCGCUCCAGGGGAGGUGGUGUUCGGCCCUGCGGAGCCCGCGCACCCAUCCCAGGAGCCCGGCGUGCGGCCGUGUAACGCGUGCGGCGGCGCCUGGAUCCCCUGUGACGACUGCGACACGCCGUGGAGCUGGCAGUCGCCGGGCGGCGGCCGACUGCCGGGCCCCGGCCGCAGCCCGGCCAGACCCGACUCCGCGUCCGCCCACUUCCUGUUCCCGGGCCAGUCGAGCCCCGACGAGCUGGCCACCGAGGCCUCUGUCAUCUCCAACGUCAUCGCCCAGGAGACGCCGGUCAGACCGGUCAUCUUCGUGACGGAGAGGCCGGCCGGACCGGCGGCGGUCGUCACCGCCCGUGUGCCGGACGCUCCGGAGCCGCCCACCACCCAGUCGCCGGUGCCGCCGCAGGUCUCCGAGGAGUCGACCCGACCGAGCCAGCUGGCGCCGCGCCCGCCGCUCCAGCCCGGCUCCCUGGUGACCGAGUCGCCGGCGAGGCCGAACCAGGUCACCACCGAGGCGCCGGCGACCGAACGGGGGGCGACCGUCACCCCGUCUCCGGAGACCGAGCUGGAGACGGAACGGCCGCGGCGGCGACCCACCGCCCGGCCGUCGGUGUUCCACCGGCGACCCACCGCCCGCCGGCCCCCCACCGAUCCCUUCAGGCCGUCCAAAUUCCACCCGGGGGCGCAGAAACGCCCCGUCUCGACCACCACCACGACAACGCUGCCAACUACAACUCCGUCUACAACAACAACUACAACCACCACAACAACCACAACAACUACAACAACUCGGCCCCCAACUACAACAACUCGGCCUCCAACUACAACAACUCGGCCUCCAACUACACCGCCCACCACGCCGACCCCCAGGCCACUGCCCACCCACUCGUUCACGGAGCGUCUCCCUGGACUGGACAGCAUUCCGAUUGUGUAGUGCAGCCCCGCAGCCCUGAGCGCGGAACUUCAGGUGAUACCAAAUACUCGGGACUUGUACUUGCUUACAUACGUGUAUCCCAUGCAGUGACGUUCUCAAACCCUAGUCUCUGGUCAGUCUCGCGUGACCAAAGCCAUGAUUGUAGAUGUUAGCGAUACUUUGAGUCGCGGAGCUCAGACGCCAUCCCCGAUUUCUCACAAAUUCAAUUCAAGUGUAGUUUUGCCAACAUUUGCACAAGUUUAGAUUUAUCGUCGCGGUGCGUACCUAAUAUAAUUGGGUGUCUGUAA